AUGACUCGAAUGAAGAAGGGCCACAAAAGCUUAGAUUCCAAAUGUGUUGGCCAGGGGGCGUCCGGGAAAGUAUACAAGUGCCGUAGCAAGGAGGACGAACAAAUCUACGCCAUCAAAGUCAUCAAGGUUCGCACAGCAACGAAGUCCAGAGACCAGGAUGUCGCGCUCGUCUUCAAGGAGGGAGAGAUGCUCCAGCGCUGCGAACACCCCAACAUAGUCAAAUACUUCGACAUGUGGAAGGAGGAAGGCGAGCCGGGCAAGUCGAAAGUGUACAUUGUCAUGGAGUUUUGUGGCCGCUCGCUCCAGUCGGUGCUCCUCGGCGGUGAGUCACCACCUGCAGAUGCGUUUAGGCAGCUUCUUCAAGCUGUGGCGCAUGUGCACGACAACGUGGGUGUUCAUCGGGAUAUAGCACCACACAACAUCUUCGUCACAGACGAUGGACGCAUCAAGCUGGGAGAUUUCGGUCUUGCUAAAAAUAAGGAGUCCAUGCUCGAGACCGAAAAUAUCAAGAAGGGGAGAGCAGUUUACUACUCUCCCCAGCGCCGGAGCAACUCAACCUACACUGACAUGCUUGCGCUUGGAGUUAUACUCUUCGAACUUCAUUGGAGGUGUCCCCCGGACCAGGAAAGGGAGUCGGUAUUGAUUGACGUCCGGGAUGGCGUUUUACCAGCAGACUGGGCGUACCAACACCCAUCAAUUGCGCCCAAGGUGUUGGAGCUGGUCGCAGCAAGACGCGACCAGCGUCCAUCCGCGCGCGACAUCCUCUGCGAUCCUGCCUGGCAAUCUGUUUGCUGAUCGUUGUAGUUGUUUAGAUUUACUUGCUCCUUUUUGUCAUCUUUGUAGUCUUGGUCUUUUUCAGCAUGCUGAUUUCGAUUCAGAAAUAUGAAUUCGUUGCCAGUUCA